AGGAGAAUAAGUGAAUUUUCAUACCAAUAAAAACCUCUUCUUCUUGGUCUUCGUGAUUAUACACACACACACACACAGAGACACACUCAAAUCUCUUGCUCUUCUCUCUUCUGCAGUUGCUUCAGCUUCUGCAAAAAUAGCAAUGGCCGAGUAUAUCUGUGUAUUUAACAAGGAUACUCUAAUUAUAAAGCCUUCUAAGAAAUCUCCACUGUUCUUGAGGACAAUAGUGUUGUUGUUUGCUAUGGUAUGCGGUGUUUAUAUCUGUACAAUCUGUAGGAAGCAAAUAAGUACUGUAGCCAAGAUGAACAUCCAAGUCAUUGGGAGUCCAGCUCCAGAUACUAACAUUGCUGCACAACUACAACCUCAAAUUCCUACCUUACAUUAUCCUAAACCUAAAACCUUUAGCAGGGGUGAAUGUACACAAAAUCCCGUAAGGUUCUUUGUCAUAUUGUCGAUGCAAAGGUCGGGAAGUGGAUGGUUUGAGACAUUGUUAAAUAGUCAUAUUAACGUUAGCUCAAAUGGGGAGAUAUUCUCUGUUAGGGAGAGGAGGAAAAAUAUUUCUACCAUUAUACAAACUUUGGAGAAGGUUUACAAUUUAGAUUGGCUCAAUAGCGCUUCCAAGAAUGAGUGCUCUGCUGCCGUUGGCUUCAAGUGGAUGCUAAAUCAGGGAUUGAUGGCACACCAUGAAGAAAUUGUGGAAUACUUCAAACACCGGGGCAUUUCUUCCAUAUUUCUCUUCCGAAGGAAUUUGCUACGAAGGAUGGUUUCAGUGCUUGCCAAUUCAUAUGAUCGCCAUGCUAAGCUAUUGAAUGGAACCCACAAGUCUCAUGUUCAUUCUCAUCAAGAGGCCGCUGCUCUUUCAAGUUACAAGCCGGUAAUCAAUUCUAAGUCAUUAAUAAGUGAUCUGAAUGAAGUAGAAUGGGCUACUGUCAAGGCUUUAGAAUACUUCAACAGCACCCGUCACAUAGUUUUGUACUACGAGGAUCUUGUCAUGAACCAUACGAAACUAAAAGACGUUCAAGAGUUUCUAGGGAUUCCAAAGAUGGAAUUAACAAGUCGCCAGGUUAAGAUACACAAAGGUCUGUUAUCGGAUUUUGUGAAGAACUGGGAUGAUGUGAAUAGGACACUAAGCGGAACAGAGUAUGAAAGUUUUCUUCGUGACGACUACUAAGAAUGAGUCGCUAACAAAAAUAAUGGUGUGGAUAUCAUGUUCAGCUAAUUUUUAUUUCCGAAGCUAACCAGAAGGAGGUUCACCCUGUUUGAUGGCUGCCAUGAACGAAGGCGUGAUGUUUCA